GGUUGGCCAGGCACAGUAUAAAACAACCAUGUCGGUAGCAAUGAGAUCAGUUUACCUAUUCCUGAAAGUUCAGUUUGUUUUCCAGCUUUUCCAGCCAAUCACUUCUUUACCUAUCACCAUGUCGCACAAUGGAGAUAAAGUCUCGCAGGAUGUCUGUGACGCUGUUAGGGAGGAUGUCCAGAAUCACCACAAUGGCAGACAUCCCUACUACCAGUUUACAAGCUUGGAGUAUACAGUCGAUUCAACGGACACUACGUAUACCAUCAGGGUGCAAGUCAGUGACAUCUCCUUCAUUCGCAUUCAAGCCCAGAAAGUACAGAAUGAUGCAGAUAAAAUCGUCCUGUCAUGGGCUAAGGCAGAUGCACCAUUGUAAGAUGCCUAAAGGCAUCUUGGAUUUUAUCAUGGCUGGUUUAGUUGCUGUUUGCCGCUGACGGCGUGUUCUUCAAUGUCCCCAGUAAUCUGCUGAAUGAUUCUGUUCUUCACCAGUCAGUAGUCUAUAUUCUCUAAUCCUCUUAUGCACUUACCCAUCACGUGACUAUAGUACUUGUCGUUACUGCUUAGCCGUGGUCGCAUGUUCCGAAAUGUUCAUUAAUCAUUUCCCAGUUGUGCUUUGAUGUGAUGCAUCAAUGUUUUCUUUCCUUUUUCCAUACAUGUGUAUUCAUUUUUCGUUUCCGUCCUCCACUCUUCUUACUCCACACUCAACACUCACAUGUACAGUUAUCAAGGAAAUAGACCUCCGCAUACUUUGA